GAAUUCGGGUUUUUGUCGAGGAGGAAACAUUUUCUUGACGCAUUCGUCGGACCGUCGUCGUCGUUUGUUUAGCAGAAACUAUCACCUACAGGAGUCAUUUAGUCAGGAGACAUUUAUAAAGCCGCCGUUUUCCACUUCAUCUUCAUCUUUUAAACACUAUGGCUCUUUUUGACGUCAGCGGCUUCAAACCGGACUCUGAGAUCCGGGCUGCCGGGAGGACGCGUCUUUUGGAUCGAACCAAUCACUACAGCUUCGGGAGCAGAACUCCAGAGUUCGCAGUUCCUGUUGGAGAAGACCCCUCAGGGUUCCUGAAGUCGUGUAACCACGAGGGCGGCGUGUGCAUCGACCUGAACCACGGCACCACCACCCUGGCCUUCAAGUUCAAACACGGCGUCAUCGUGGCGGUGGACUCCAGGGCCUCGGCCGGCCGCUACUUAGCCUCCAACGACGUCAACAAAGUGAUCGAGAUCAACCCGUUCCUGCUGGGAACCAUGUCGGGCAGCGCCGCCGACUGUCAGUACUGGGAGAGACUGCUGGCCAAGGAGUGCAGUUUGUACCGACUGAGGAACAACCAGAGGAUCUCCGUGGCUGCUGCCUCCAAACUGCUGUCCAACAUGAUGCUGGGCUACAGGGGCAUGGGUCUGUCUGUGGGCAGCAUGAUCUGUGGCUGGGACAAGAAGGUUGGUGGACGUUCAUCUCUGUGGGCAGAAUCAUUCAUGCCAUUUACCCCAGAGAACUGCCACUGGGGGCCCAGGAUUGUAUUACGUGGACGACAACGGCACCCGUCUGUCCGGUCGUAUGUUCUCCACAGGCUGUGGGAACAGCUACGCCUACGGUGUGAUGGACAGCAGCUACAGGGAAGACAUGACGGUGGAGGAGGCCUACGAGCUGGGCCGCCGCGGCAUCACCCACGCCACCCACAGAGACGCCUACUCUGGUGGCAUGGUGAACAUGUACCACAUGCAGGAGGACGGCUGGAUUAAGGUGUGUAAAGAAGACGUGUCCGAGCUGAUCCACCGUUACAGGAAGGGAAUGUUCUGACCUGGACCUGGACCCUGACCCCUGGAUUGAGACACACCUGCUGUUGUUGUUGUUUUAUUGACAGGAUCAAAGUUGAAUAAUAAAGAUGGCGUGUGUGUGUGUGUGUGUGUGUUCAUCUGAUGUUGAUCUGGUGACUGAACUGUUACUUCGUCCUGGUACCGAUUAAAACACCAACAUGACGUCAUCAGUGUUGUUUAUGUUCACAUUUAUAAAAACACCAACAUUUACCAAACAAAAACUAAAAUCUGAACCAGGUUUGAAGGACAUUCUAUUAAAGAAGAUAAACU